AUGGAAGAAUAUUACAAAGCUAACCAAGAGAAAGAGGAAGACAUUUCUGCAUGGGGAAUACGCCUUGAAGAGUUGGUACAGAAGGCUAUAGAUAGAGGUGAAAUACAAACGCACAGAAGGGAGCAAAUGCUACGAACACGGUUCUGGAAAUACCUAAGGAACAAAGAACUCAAGAAUGCAACGAGAAUAUUUUAUGAAUCGAACAUACCAUUUGAAGAAUUGAGAAAGAAGAUGAGACGAGAGGAACAGGACAUAAGUGUUUCUAAGGAAACAUCCCAACAAAUAAAUGUUCAUCAGAUUGAUGACCACACGAAACUGUUGAAUGACCUUAAAGAGCAGAUAAAGACGAUGGAGGCGAAAUUAAAUUCGUUGACAGAAGAACAACACAGACCUAUAGACGGAGAGAGAAGAGAUACAUUUAGAUAUGACAAUAGAGGUCGGCCCUACAGGGGAUACCGAAACAACUCAACGUUCAGAGAUGAUACUCUGAUCGAGGGGUUAGAUGAGAGCAGAAGAACCAGCACUAAGCCCGACCCCAUACCAUACACAAUAGAAGAUGUUUUACAGAAAAUGAUAGGAGAUGCUAACUUAGAUGAAAUUAGAAUAAAUGGACAAGAAACUACAGCGUUAAUUGAUAGUGGAUCACAGGUCAGUACCAUAACUGAAGUGUUUUACAAUAAAAUGUCUCCAAAACCAGAUAUCCAUUCUAUGGAAGAAUUCAACAUUUCGUUGAAAAGUGCAAACGGCAGCGAAAUUCCAUAUAUGGGAUACAUAUUUGAUAAUAUAGAAACAGCGUUUACCAAAGAAGCUAUGUCUACCAUAUUGCUUGUUGUACCGGUGGAGGAAUACCACGGUACAGCUCAUGUGUUAUUGGGACAGAACAUUCUGCGAGAAUUAAAACCAGUUGCUGAGAACACUACAUUGAAUAAUGCUUGGCAAGCAGGGUUCAUGUCUAUCGACACAGAAGUUGGACUAGUGACAGCUACCAGACCAAUUACCCUCCAUCCCGGAGAGAGUAGAUAUGUAACAGGGUUCUUUAGAAAACCAAGAAAUGUGAAGGCAGCGGUAACAGAACCAGUAGAUGAUAUACAUAGCCACAGUGCUAUCAUUUGUCCAAGGGUUGUACAAAUUGAAAAUCCAGGUAGAACAGCCAGAAUACCAGUUCGGAUUUGUAACGUAACUGCUAAACCAAUCAAAAUAAGAGCAAAGCAGACUUUAUGUAAACUCGAAGAAGUUACAGUGCUGAGAGAGGCUCCCAUUUUCGCACCUGUCACAAACGCAUCAGCUUCUGUGGAGACAAAGUAA